AUGGCUGUAUCAGCAGAUUCUACUUUCUCGUCUGUGCCGAUCCUUGACUAUAACCUGUUAUCAUCGCCCGCGACGCGGGGAUCCUUUGUGGAACAACUUCAACAUGCGCUCAUCUCUGUUGGCUUUUUCUACCUCGCGAACCCUCCUGUUCCUUCAGAGUUGAUCGCCGCUGCGGCAGACUAUGCUGCCAAGUUCUUCGAAAUCCCUCAAGAGGCGAAAGACGCUAUCAAUAUGAGGAACUCUGAGAGCUUUCUUGGCUACACAAGACUGGGCGCCGAGAGAACGAAGGGUAGAAGGGAUGAGCGAGAGCAAUUCGACUUCGCGACGGAUUACGCCAGACCCGAUGUGAAAGCAGGGGAUCCGCCCUAUCUCAGGUUGUGGGGUCCGUCUCAGUGGCCGGACGACAACGUCUUGCCCGGCUUUAAGGAUACUCUACGACGGUAUCUUGAUCGUGUGGAGAAUUUGAGCUACGAGAUCAUGAGUCUUUCCGCCGAAGCGCUCGGCCUGCCGCCUCAGGCGUUCGAGCCUUUAUUCGGCGAACCCGGAACUGUGAUGCAUCGAGCGAAGUUAGUGAAGUAUCCAACACAGGAUGCUGUCGAAACUGACCAAGGAGUUGGGCCGCACUUCGAUGGUGGAUUCCUUACGCUCCUACUCCAGGCAUCGGAACACGCUGGGCUUCAGGUGCAGAACCUCGCUGGUGAAUGGAUCGAUGCCCCGCCUAUUCCCAAUACCUUCGUGGUGAACAUCGGCAAAGCGAUGGAGGCGAUGACCCUUGGUCUGGCUCGGGCAACCUCACAUCGUGUGCUUUCCCCGCCUAAAGGAUCCACGCCGCGCUACUCAAUUCCCUUCUUCCAAAACACUCGACAGGAAGUGCGGAGGGGUGGUAUCCAACUGGAAUUCCCUCCAGAGAUACUCCAGCUGAAGCAGCUGCGGGGUGACGGCGGGGGAUCAGACUCCGUUAACUAUGCCGAGUAUAACACGGGAGAGCCCUUCGGCUAUGGGAAUCUUAUCGGCCGCAUUAAGAGCCAUCCAGACGUUGCGGAACGGCACUAUCCAGAGUUCUUUCGGCAGUAUUUUCCCACUGGUCUUCCCCAGGCCGCAUCGGCGUAUUGA